AUGGCGCCAGGAGUAACGACCCUGACGAGAGUUCUGCUGCUGUUGCUGAUGGCGAUCACGAGGUGUACCAGAGGCUUCGUUGGGAUUCAAUCGCAGUUUCCAAAGGUUCUGAAAGGUGUCCGGCUACCGGGUGGUUAUAUGGAGAUGGUAGAAGAGAAGCACUGCUCGUACGACACCGUACGAUUGACCUGCAGAUCCUUGGAGGCGUUCAUGUUCAUCGUCCAGGCGGACUAUCUGGCGAAUCAGACGCACACUUGCGGAUACGAGGAGCAGAGACUGAUGGAGAAGAACGUCCUGUGGAACAGAGGUAGCGUGGGAUUCAGGAACCAGGAGCUGAGAGGGAAUUAUGAUUAUGAGGUGGACGAGGAGGGACUCGGGGUGGUGGACGUCAGGCAGUCGGUGAACAGAAGAUGUUCUGGCCAAAAACACUGUCGUUACAGUUUCAUCACAGAACAGCCGGGCGCGGCGUAUUGGAGACCUGCCACUCUGCGAAUAACGUACGCGUGUAUUCCAGAGACCUCCGUCAGGAAGUAUUGCAACGAGAAGCUGAGGGUGGUGCCGGGCGAGGGUGGUUUUGUAAAUUCUCCAGGAUUUCCGCUCUACUAUCUAGGGGAGACUACGUGCGGAUGGACGUUCAGGUCCGCUCCUGGGCAAAGGAUCGUGCUCACUUUCCACGACCUGGAUAUACGGGGACCAGAAGUGGACGGAAGUUGCGUGGACGUCGUCAGGGUGCGGGAAAGGGGAAGAACGUUGCUCGAGCAUUGCGGCACAGCGGCUGGUGUCAGGGUCGUAUCCGAUUUGAACGUGAUCACCCUCGACCUUGUUGCCUCGAAAAGGUUCUACACCGGCCGGGGAUUCUUCUUGCAGUACCAAGUGUUGGGAUGCCCGGACGUAUCAGCACCGAACGGGAGCUACAUAUUGAAUAGCAGCUUGACGUCGAGGACGUUCCUGUGCAAAUUGGGCACCGUGUUUCCGGACAGUAAAGAAAGGACAAGGAUACUCGAGUGCCGGAACGGCAAGUGGAAUGAGAGUGUCAUCGCCAUACCGAGCUGCAUAGCCACGUCGGCGGUUAUCCUGAAAACGGAACACGACCACCACCGGUUGUCGUCCUUGUCCGGGGACAAUAUUCUCGGGGCGGGGGUUAGAAUCGGACGGGGCGAGGACGCAGUCGCGGUCGGCACCAGGGAGAUUAUGGAUUCGUCUCAAUCAGCCAUGAUGAAGCAAACGGACUACGUCGUAGACGUUGUCUUGCCAACCGUCCUAAUUGCUCUGCUGUUCGUUGGGAACGCCAUCAUCGUCUACAUUAUCUUUCAAUACAGAAAGAGGAAAGUUCCAUCGUUAGAGCAAGGCGAGGAGAUGGCGCUACGGAACCCGGCAGAGAUGCCACAAGUGUGAUUCGUGUCAGAAUUGGGGGGAUUCAGUUCACGAUGCCAGCAGAAACGUCAGCGAGAAGGAGGGCCUAUGUUGCAUUUUUCUACGAGGAUGAUCUCCAAAACACAGUCGAUCUAGGGGUGGAUCGUCCAGGGGGGUCGACUGUGUUCUCUUUCAGCUUGAACGUUUGAGUCGCGGGGAAUGUGGCUGUCUCUUGAAAUCGUCGAAAUUCGUGUUUUAUCAUGUCACUUAAAUGUUCUUCGUGGAAAGAGAGAUGAUUGCGUGAAUGAGAAACGGUUUGCGCGUAUAUAUAUAUAUAUAUACUCGGGGACGCUUUGAAAGAAA